AUGCCCCUCUCCCUCUCUUUCUCUCUCUCUCUCUUUCUCGUUCUUUAUCUAUCUAUCUAUCUAUCUAUCUAUCUAUCUAAGCCCGUUAAUAUGUAUCAGUUUCUUUUACUAUCUAUCUAUCUAUCUAUCUAUCUAUCUAUCUAUCUAAGACCUUUCUUUUACUAUCUAUCUAUCUAUCUAUCUAUCUAUCUAUCUAAGCCCGUUAAUAUGUAUCAGUUUCUUUUACUAUCUAUCUAUCUAUCUAUCUAUCUAUCUAAGCCCGUUAAUAUGUAUCAGUUUCUUUUACUAUCUAUCUAUCUAUCUAAGCCCUCUCUUCAUAUCUAUUUAUCUAUCUAUAUAUCUGUCUGUCUGUCUCUCUCUCUAAUAGAUAUGCAGUCAUUUUCUAUCUUACUCUGUUCAUAUUCUAUCUUCUCAGUCUUUUCAUAUCUAUCUAUCUCUGUUUACAUUUUCUUCAUAUCUAUCUAUCUAUCUAUCUAUCUAUCUAUCUAUCUAUCUAUCUAUCUAUCUAUCUAUCUGCCUAUCUAUCUAUCUAUCUAUCUCAAUCAGUUCAUUAUCUAUUUGCCUAUUUCUGUUCAUAUCUAUCUAUCUAUCUAUCUAUCUAUCUAUCUAUCUAUCUAUCUGUCUGUCUAUCUAUCUCAAUCAGUUCAUUAUCUAUCUAUUUGCCUAUUUCUGUUCAUAUCUAUCUAUCUAUCUAUCUAUCUAUUUGUCUAUCUAUCUAUUUAUUUCAGUUCAUUAUCUAUCUAUGUAUCUCUGUUCAUAUCUAUCUCUUUUCAUAUCUAUCUAUCUAUUUAUCUAUCUAUAUAUAUAUAUAUCUGUUCAUAUCUAUCUAUCUAUCUAUCUAUCUUCAUCUCUACAUAUUUUUCUAUCACAAACAAACACACAAAAACACUAUAUUUCUUCCUCACAUUCACACACAUGGACAAACUCUGA